AAAUGUGAACCGUGUCACGGUUCUUUCGGUGUAGGAUCUUUGGAUUUACUCUCUCUCUCUGGCAACUACGUACGCUACGACGCGGAGCCGAUCCCUUUCCCAUCAAGUUCCUUGCGUAACCGAGAGGUCACGUGUUUCCCCUUCCCUCUUGUCCCGACACGAGCUAUGUUUACAGACGAGUAGGUCUGUGGCUUUUUCCUCUUCGUCUUCGACCGAGAAGGUCGGUUUUGGGAGUUCGAAAUUCAGUUUGGUUCUUGUUUACGCAUUAUGCGUAGAAAUUUUGUUUCGGCGCAUUAACUACUACAGGAAGAGAGAGAAAGCCCUGUCGAGCCGGCGUGGGGCUGGCUGGCUCGGGAGUUUGUGUAUUUAUUUAUUUAUUUAUUUAUUAUUUUCCCUGGCUUGUAAUAUAUAUUUUAUUAAGUAAGUACUUACUGAGGAAGUUGGGCGAGAGGUUUUAGAACUGCCCUGUAUUUGUGAGAGUGCCAGGAGUUACGUGACUUGUGAUUGGUCAAUGAGUGCCGCAAUGCGGCAGGGGCAUUUUGUUGGGAUUGAAUGUUUGUUUCUUUUCAGCUCUGUUUUAUGUAUUAUUUUGUAAUCGGUGUAGUCAGAACAUUAUGAUCGAGUUUCAUCUUGGCAACCAGGCUAUUUGCGACAGUUUUAACUAUGUACUUUCAAGGCUAUUGAUCAGCCCAGGUCAGUGAACUUAAAAGGGUCGCAACCGUUACUUUGACUGCGGGCAAAUUCUGAGUCAUUCUUGACUGAUGUUUAUUUGAUUUUUCUACCAGCCCUUCAGGCGAAGCUGUAACAUUUUCCUUGUCAUAUUUGUAUGAUUUACAUUUCUACUCUUUUGUUGCAAUAUAUUUUUAUAUUAUUGAAAAGCCAGCUGGAUUGUUAUGAUUUCUUGUACUCUGCUGAAAUACUUGUACUGCCCAACGCCUAUGCCAGCUAACCCUCUCGGUUCCUCCCUUGAGAUCCCCUUCCACUUUGGGGAGGCAUUGGAACACCACGAGACAAACAGUCGAUUGUGAGCUCCGGUUGUCUUCGAAGCGGCUCAACAAUUGGUAGCAGAGCGUGGUUGUCUUCGAAGAGGAGGAAGUGCGGCUCACAAUUGGUAGCAGAGCGUGGUUUGCGCAACCCGCAAACCAGAGUGUUUCGACUUGAGGAUCCAUGGGUGUCGUCAGGACUGUUUGUUGAAGUGUUGACUUGACUGUACUUUCACUUAAUAUUUUUGUGUGGUGUUCUAUGCUAUCGUAAUGCCGCUGGCGUGGAUCCAUAAUCUUCCGAGGGAGGAGGCUGAGAAGCUGGCAGUGGAACUGGGUGUGUCCGUCCAAGGCAGCUUAGAUGAACUCCGGAAAAGGCUGAAGGAUAAGUGGAGAGCUUUGGAAGCUUACCUACCUCCUCAAGUACCAGAUAAGUUGGCCCCGAGUAUUGACGUCGCUGGCACUACUGCUGUUAAGAUUUUAGGGGGCGACGUCCAUACUCAGACUAGUUACACGCAGAAUAAGUUGCGGGGUAAUGUAAUUUCUGAUUUGGUAAAGAAUAUACCCGCUUUGACCGAGCCCGAGCCUGAGGCAGUUUUUCAUUUCCUUGUUAGAGCUAAGGCAGUUUAUGAUCUUAAGCUCGUAGAAGAUGGCGAUUUUUUGGCUUUGCUGAUUUCCAGAACAGCCGGUAAGCUAAUGCAAACUAUUAGCGUCCAUUUGCGUAUUGGUUCUGAGUGGCGAGCAGCCUGUGCCGAUAUCUUGUCUGUCUUUCUUCCGCCUCGUAUCCGAGAGCGUUUGUUGAUGAAGUACGUGCUGGAUCGUUUUCAAGGGCCCACUGAGGAUUUGUUUCAUUUCGUUACGUCAGUAGUAAGUGCCGCGGAGAUCUUGGAAUAUCAAGUUUCUGAGUCGGCUUUAGUUCGCCGUAUAGUUCAGAACCUACAUCCCAAUGUUCGUUCGUGGCUGACGUUCGAGUCGGAGCCGAAAACUGUAGAGGAGUUGAAUCUGCUUGCGACUCGUGUCGCCGAGGCUCGUCUGGUCGAGCAAGUUAGAGGUUUAGAGCGUCACGUUCCCAUUGAUAAGGUUUCGCGAGAAGAGAGCAAUAGGUGCCCCGUUAGUAUGGUGGCAAGGGAGAGCCCUCGGGUGAAUGAUCGCAAUGUUCGCUGCUAUAAGUGUGAACGAGUUGGUCAUAUCGCGAGAAAUUGUUUGUCUUCUAACGUCCCGAGGCGAGGAGACCUCCGAAGGGCCCGAGCGAACCUCGGGGAGGGGAAACCUUCGGAGGCCCCGAGCGCCUGAGACGUGUUCGGCGUGACGUUUUUCGGUAUUAUCGAGUCUGUGAUUGCCUGGCCUGAGUAAUGAAGCGGAUUAUAUGAUCGACAGGGCGAGUGGUCAUAGCCCUGUGAUCGAGAGGCCGUCUCAUUACCGAUAGAUUCGUAUCCUUUCUGUGGUUCGUAUUUCGGCGGCGGGGGGAAGGUAGGCUUGAUGAUCGUCCGAUUCCUACGAUCUAUUGAUAAUCUGCAGAAAGCUAGGGAAAGAGUAGCGAAACGCUACAACCAAUCGAGGAGGGAGGUAGAAUGCAGGGUUGGAGAUUUGGUUCUUGUGAGGCUCCACCCUCAGAGUUCGAAAGCUCUACACCGUUCAGCCAAGUUGGACAAUAAGUGGUCAGAGCCAAUGGUCAUUGCCAAAUUCUUGACCAAGGUUACUGUACAAUUGGCAAAUCCAGAUACUGGCGUUUACACUAGGAAGGCGCAUGUAUCGCAGUUAAAGAGGUACUAUGUCGGUGAUUAGCUACAAGUAACUAAUAGACUACCCCUGAAUGAUGUAUUAUUAUUUUUUGUGAGCUUUUCCUGUAGUACAGUGAUGUUGCCUGAAGUUUGUGUGUGUGUGUUUCAGCGAGUGUCCUCCUUUAUCCUUCCUGUUGGCUCGCGAUGUCGUAUGCGACGAGAUUACUCCGACUAUGGUGACGUCGGCGCCUGAGAAGAUUUGUAACUUCGAUUCUCCUGGAUUUAUGUACUCCGCGCCCGCUAGGAUCGCCGUCUGAAGUUGGGGCUCCCUUACCAACUCAGAGGGGUGAUCAAGGGAUGCGACGGUCGUGUCGGAGGGUUUGGCGGGCUGGCACCCGCGACUCUCCGGAAGGGAACACUUCCGCGCAUGGAGCUGAGGAGUAUCUACGGAUGGGCACUAGAGAGAAAACAGGAUAGCGCAGUUAGCUGCGCAUCUGCUUGGUUGUCGUCGUUAGAGUGUCCAUGGAUGGAACCAGGAGUGUGGGAGGUGCCUGUGGUUUUUGCCAGGUGGAGAGAGGGUGAGAUCCUGAACCGUGUCACGGUUCUUUCGGUGUAGGAUCUUUGGAUUUACCGUCUCUCUCUCUCUGGCAACUACGUACGCUACGACGCGGAGCCGAUCCCUUUCCCAUCAAGUUCCUUGCGUAACCUAGAGGUCACGUGUUUCCCCUUCCCUCUUGUCCCGACACGAGCUACGUUUACAGACAAGUAGGUCUGUUGCUUUUUCCUCUUCGUCUUCGACCGAGAAGGUCGGUUUUGGGAGUUCGAAAUUCAGUUUGGUUUUUGAUUACGCAUUAUGCGUAGAAAUUCUGUUUCGGCGCAUUAACUACUACAGGAAGAGAGAGAAAGCCCUGUCGAGCCGGCGUGGGGCUGGCUGGCUCGGGAGUUUGUGUAUUUAUUUAUUUAUUUAUUAUUUUCCCUGGCUUGUAAUAUAUAUUUUAUCAAGUAAGUACUUACUGAGGAAGUUGGGCGAGAUGUUUUAGAACUGCCCUGUAUUUGUGAGAGUGCCAGGAGUUACGUGA